UUAACGGAGAUGUUCAUUCACUCGUAAUUUCGAUGACCAGUCCUCACGCGCCGGUUAGGACAGAUUGAUCUACUUUUUCAAAUGUCUAACAGUGUCAGUGGAGUGUAAGUUGUAAAAUGUGUCGGAAAUAUAGGAGUUUUCCGAGGUGAAGGUUGGAAAAAAUUUUUUUUUUCUUUUUUUAAGAAGAAAAAGAAAAAAUCUUCUUUUUAAAAGAAAAGAAGAAGAAUGGCGGCACUUGUACGUCUUAAACGGAGUAGCGUUCAGUUAAGACUAGCCGCACGAGAAGUUAGGGCGGCGGUGCGUGCACGUCAUAUAGUUGCUACCCUCGUAGCAAUUGGAUUCGCACUUUCAGGUGCAGUUGAAGUUAGUUCCUCUGUUGCUUUACUGGCGAAUCAGAAGGGCAAUCAUGCCAUCAUCGAUACAUCUUGGCACUGUGAUAUGCUCGUUAAUAUUAGCAGUCGAAAUAGAACCGAAGAUGUCGGACUCAUUCAAAUGGAAAUACCCCCAGAGGAACGAGCAGAGGCCAACAUGCGAGAGGCAUUUUUAUGGGGCCAAGUUGCUGGACCCAUCUUGGGAGGCUGUUUAGUUUGGGGACGUUCAGGGCCCUCUAUGGUAUUUUCUCGGGCUGUUCUCAGCGCUUGUCUCGCCUCACUUUUGGUCCCAGCCGCAUGGAGGGGGCCCUCUCACGUUGCCCUUCGACUUCUUCAAGGACUUUGCACCGGCGCAACAAUGCCUGCAGCCCAUAUGCUCGCCAUGACUUGGUUUAAAAGCACACACAGAAGCUGGUAUUUCAGUUGUUACGCUGCUGUCAGUGUCGGAUACUGUUUAACCGGAUGGAUUGGAACGGCAGUUGUUAGAUCAUUUGGAAGAGACUCUCUCUGCUAUUGUCUCGCCAUAUUGGCUCUAUGUUGGUACUUCACAUUUGGUCGUUUUGUUAAAGACUUUCCAAGAUCCUAUCAACACGACACCAAUGCGGCUGUUAUACCUUGGGGAAAACUUUUGAGGUCCGUUCCAGUUUGGGCCUCGGCAGUUGCAACAAUGGGGAACCAAUGGGGUGAUGCUACACUCGCCCUCGGUAUGACCAAGUACCUAAAGCUCAUUUACGGUUUUUCCACCGCAAAUGACUCAGUGCUGAUGACUUUACCCCAUAUUGGGCACUUUCUCGCUGCGUUAACAUGUGGCCUCUUGGUCGAUCAUGUCCGGGAAUCUAAGAUUGUAUCAACGACAACGGCGAGGAAACUUGUUGUCUACACUGCGCAUUUUAUUCCGGCCGCCCUCUUAUUUGUGGCUGGUUACGCGGGUUGUCAAGCCUUAGGCGCAGUGUGGUUGGGAAUUGCAGCACUCUUGGUAUCCGGUACCGCUCCAGCGGGCGCAUUAGCGGCAAUUGCCGAUCUUGCGCCUGCGGAAUCACCGGCCUGUGCUGCUGCAGCAUGUGCACUUUGCUCCACCCUGGGCGCGGCUGGUUUACUUGCUGCCAAUUAUUUUGUCACGCAAGCUCUUCACGGAUCUAUCGCAGGUUCUUGGCGAUUGGUAUUUGGCGUGGCAUCUGUCGUUUUAUUGACCACAGCAGCGGUGUUCUUGGCCCUUGGGAAAGGAGUGCCCCAGCCCUGGAUACCUUCUGUUGCAAGACCGCGGAGUCACGACGUCAUUUAUGAACAAGACACCCUCGAACUUGAUUACGAGGACGUUGGCGUACAAACUGAGCCCUACUUAGAUCCGUACAAUUAUGAUGAGGACGCUGAAAGUAUAAAGGACGGUCUUGGCUCUGUGUCCGUUCACUCGACCAUCUCAGCGGCCACGAGUAAUAAUUGAAAGACGCAAAAGAGGUUAAUAUCAUUUUAUUUCUCUCAUAGGAAACCUCAAACUUGUAAAUAAAAUUAUUGUCGUUCUAGGUGCAUUUUCAAUUUAAUUUAAUUUCUAAUUUUCGUUUUACAGGGUUUUGCCACAAAAAAUUAAUUUUUGUUUUUCCCUGACAUUUCCCUGA